GGUGUCAUGGCGGCUCUCGGCCGCUGCUGACGGCGAAGCGUCGGUUUGGAGUUGGUGUUCGCCUCUGGCGAUCAUGUCAACGGCGCCGGCAGAUCGGCCGGGGACAGCGGGGGGUUUGCAGCAGAAAUCCAGGGCCGAGCUGCAGGAACUGCUGAGGCGGCAGAAAAAACUUCAAGCGAACCGGAAGUUUAUCCAAAGCCUGUCAGACAAGGGGGAACGAAUCACUGAGUUUAUAGAAAAACUGGAAGCAGCAAUUUCUCAGCAUGAGGAAGUGGAACGAGCAGCUGAACUGCUUUCAGCUGUCAAAUUGGAGUUUGAAAAGAAGCAGAGGAUGAUAACUUCUGAGGAGGAGGAAAUCCUGAGUCGUGAGAGCACAACCUCAACUCUAACACUAGGACAAGUUGUUAGAAACAAAUUGAAGGGUUGUGAUGAAGCAGAGAAAGAUGAAAAUGUUUUGUCAAAGGUUGCUGGCAUAGCAACUAUAAACAGAGACAAAUUAAAUCAGGAGGAACACAGAGUGUUGGUAAAAGAGCAAGCAACUUCAGGAAGCUACACAGCUAAGAAUGCUACAAAAAGUGAGAAUUCUCUUGAUUCCGUGGUGGAAAGCCAAAGGACCUCAUGUAUAAAGCAGGAAAAAAACAAUAAUAUACGUCCAUCUAUCACAGCAAAUGACAUGGAAGUAGAUUUUGUCAGCAGAGCUGACUUACUUAGUGAUAGGCUUGACAGUGUCACUCUGACAGACAAUGGGCACAGAAAAGUACCUCCUAAAAUCCAUGAAGAUCCAACUUCAAGCAGUAAUGUAAAAUUCAGUGACAAUCCCUUUCAAACUCUCCACUACCAAGAAAAGAAAAGACCUCAUUACGUUGACAUACUGGAGCACAGAGCCAAGAACCCAGUGGUGAAAAGAGCACAAUUUAAAACUAACCACCCAAUACCUGAAUCCCCCAGUUCAUCUCCAGACCAAUCACCUGGCAGAUCUGCGCUGAAACUGUCUCCAGCAGAACGAAGGCUAAGGGACCGGAAGCACCUGGAUGAGAUUACAGCUGCUAGACUGCCCCCACUUUACCAUUCUCCUGUUCAACUACUGUCUCUAGAAGAGUCUGGCAAGCUACAGAUAUUACAGAAACAAAAGUAUGAGUCAGCACAGGCCAAGCUAGCAGCGGAAAAACUAGUGCAAAAAUUGAACAUUAAAGUAAUGAACUUUGAACCAGAAGGUGCAGCUGCUACAGCAUUUCGACGAUAUAGGGAUCAGGAAGACACCAAUUCUUCAGAAGAAGAUUUAAGCUGACGGCUGUCCUUCCAAUAAUGAAAGAUUGAUAGUUGUGCUCCAGUAAUGACACUUCAGAGGCUGGAAGCAUGUUCUCCUUCAUGAGAUCUAUGCAAAUUCUCUUAUUAUGGCAAAUAACAUUGUUUUCAUGCACAACUUUACAGAAGCAAAUGCUGUCUUUUAUUUUUAACAUUUUAAUUGCAUUGCACCAGUAUAAGUAUAUUCUGUAAGUGGCAUUGAUGAGAAACCUUAGACCGUAUGAAAGGUGAACGAGUGUAUGCGUUACACAAUUGAAAAUGCUAACUUUGACUGUUCAGUUUGCAUCAACAUGGUCCAUUUCACUUGCUUGUACCAUUGCUGCAUUGCACAUUUUUUGUUAAUUCAAGCAGGGAACUAUUUUUAUAUUUUAAAAUUACAGUUGAAAAUAUUGAUGAGAUAAAUGUGUUAUGUAUGCUUUGUUGCGUGAACUGUUUUAACUUAAGUGAUUGCAAAAUUAUGGAGAAAGAUAAGAAAGCUGGGACAAUUAUUUCUAUCACUGGAUAUUGCUAUUAAAUUCUUUCCCUAAAAGUGUUAUAUUGGAAAGUGGGGUUAAUAAAUUGCAACAUUUGAAG